AUGUCUCACGCUGCGGUUAAGCAAGAACAAGUCGGCGAAAGAAAUAUUCACGAAAUAUUAAGUGAAUCUUCACCCGGAGAGAAAAAAAAUUUCGAUAGAAACAAUUUAAAAUACAUAUCGCAUCCGACAUCGUUAUCACUGUCGGCCAACGAUUCAUCAGUUUUGACUCCUUUUGAAGCUCCUUCACAAAAUGGUGAUCCAUGCGCUAAAACUCCUCCUUCUAAAAUAGACACCAUUAAAAGCUGGAGUAUUUCAACGUAUAAGUGCACAAAGCAAUUGAUGUAUGAAAAAUUGGGUAAAUCUUCUCGUACGGUGGACACAGAGCUUGAAAAUCAUAUUGAAAGCCUAAGAGAUACUCAAAGAAAAUAUUUGAAUUUGUUAAGAUUGUCAAGGGCCUUAACUAGUCAUUUUUAUCAAGUUGUUCAGAUUCAACACGGUUUGGGAGAAGCAUUUUCAGACUUGGCUCAUAAAUCACCCGAACUUCAGGAAGAAUUUCUCUAUAAUUCAGAGACUCAAAAAAGUCUAACUAAAAAUGGUGAAACUCUAAUAAAUGCUUUAAAUUUCUUUAUAUCUUCUGUUAAUACCCUUUGUACUAAAACAAUUGAAGAUACCUUACUUACAAUUAGGCAAUAUGAAUCUGCUAGAAUUGAAUAUGAUGCCUACAGAACAGAUUUAGAAGCAAUGUCACAAGCUCCAAAAACAGAUUCCAGUACAACUAAAAUAUUAGAAGCUCAGCAAUCUUUUCAGCAGCAGAAAGAUAAUUUUGAAAAAUUAAGAUCAGAUGUUUCUAUUAAAAUUAAAUUUCUAGAUGAAAAUAGAAUAAAAGUCAUGCAUAAGCAGUUGCUGCUGUUCCACAAUGCGAUAUCUGCAUAUUUUUCCGGUAACCAACAAGCGUUGGAGGCGACAUUGAAACAAUUUAACAUUAGAGUUAAAUCACCCAAUUCUACUAUUCCAUCGUGGCUCGAGCAGUAG